GUAAUAGUAAUUAAAGUUUCAUUGAUAAUCUCUACUAUGGUAAUUAUAUAAUGAAUUUUAUUGUUUCGUUUUAAAUCUUCAUGGAUGAUAAUUAAAUAAAUAAAUGAUUAUGUAAUAAAUAUGGAACAAUAAAAGGAAAUUAUUUGAAUUAAUCAACAUGUAUAAAAAAUUGUGUGGAUUAGUUAUUUAAUUUAUAAAGGUGAAUUGGAAUGAGAACAAUACCGCUGAUUGUAAUGAAUUAUUUAUUUUUAAUAACAUUUUGCAGUUGGAAUAUAAAAAUUACAUUACAAAAUAAUCAGAGUAAUACAAUUCAACAACUAGGUUUAAUAGAUUAUCCUAAUAAAAAGAGUACUAUAAUUAUUGAAGCUUCAUGGGAUGAAACUGAUAAGAAUCAAACUCAAGUUAUGGUUCAGGCUGGAGAAUCAAAAAUAUUUAUAUGCAGUAUAUGGACUUUAGAAUCAGAUGAUAACUAUGACUUCGACUCAGGGACUCAUGAAACUGAAAAAUCUGUUUUCCUAUUUUGUCCAAUGAGUGUUGCAUACUGUGCUCAGGAUUGUUUAUUGGUGGAUUCUACAUGGCUACUUCAGUGUACCAGACAAUUUAGAAUAGUCCCUAAUCCUGAAUUAUUAUGGACGUCACAGUUAAAAAAUUCAAAGAUUACAAAAGGUUGGCGUUUGCAAGAAGUUAUUUAUAAACUGGAUAUUGCUACAACUACUUCUGCCGGAUUUUGGAGCUGCACGUAUGGUGGUUAUCGCUCUAAUAGCUUGGAGCUAAUUGUGAGAGGUAAAAAAUUCAGAUUUCCAGAGUUAAAUAUUUAUCAGCUAAUAACUAUCAGUUAUUAGUAUUUAUUAAACAUAUUUGCCCUCAUCUUGUUCACUGUAUAAUACAUAAAAGAAUAUUUAUGUUCAGAUAUAUAGCACUCAAAAAUAAAUGUUAGAGAAAGUAGAUUCCCACUUGUUACCUAAAUUAUAGAGAGUUUAUAUAUAGAAAUUUAAUUGGAUUGUCAUAACAAUGACUCGUUUUUUUAUCACUCAUUUAAAGCCGGUUACUCAUGCAUCAGUUGAGGAUCAUCAUUUGAUCAUUAAAAUGAUGAAUUCAUCAUUCUUCAGAGAAAAGUUUGUGACGCACUCACAAACUAGUUCUGCCAGAAAUAAAGUUUAUUCUAGAACACUCUCGUCCAUGUCCACAUCUUUGUAACCAAUCGUUUGGACUCAUUAGUAUUUUCGUGAAAUUUAUUGAAUUUUCUUGGAUUAGCCUCCCAACCAUUAAAUAUGACAUCAAAAAGAGUGAAAUAUCAUUCAAUGUAUAUUUGAUUGGUAAUGAUCAAAUAAGAGCAGACAAUCAUUCUUCAGAUAGACUGAUAAUAUAAAUUAUCUAAGAUAUUUUCUAUCUUGAUAGACUCUAUUAAUUAUAUGACAGAAAAAAUCAAGUGCACACCUUUAAAUUGGCAUAAAAAUGUGGGAUCACUUCUAAGUUAUUAUGAGAAUAAACGUCCACCAUCAAAUGUAAGAACAUAUUUAAAGAGUGUUUCAAAUCAAUUGACCUAAACUCAGUUGUCUAAAUAAGACAACAAUAUUCAUAACAUGACAUAAAAAUGAGUCUCAAAAUAUAGCUGAUUAGAAUAAAAGUUCUGGCUACUGACAAAUUAGAUGCUAUAUGUCUUCAAGAUCUGUAAAUAGUCAAUAAUAAAAAGGAAAAACUGAAUUCUUUUCUUUCAUCAAAGGAAAGUCCCGGUUGAUUAGUCAGCACUUUGCUGUAGUAGAACCAAAUAAAUUUAUUAAAUGGCCGUUAAUUGGACAUCUGAAAAUAGUUAAUGGUACUUGGCGUCUGUUUAUAAAAUAUAAAAUACAGGUUUUACUUUCGAUUAAAUUCUUUAGGAUGAAUGACUUAUUGUGUAAUUAUGGUUUCUUAGGCAGCUCAGAUUGAAGUUAUACUAGCCUCUAGAUAAUUAUGUCAGAACAUUGAUGGUGGCAAUUAUAAUGUCGAUAUUCUAUGUAAAUAAUUUCAAAAGUGAUUCUGUGAUUGAUUAUCCAAUGAUAAAUAAAUACAGUCCAUUAUAUUCAUGAUUAUAUUAUAAAUGGAAGGAUGAAGAAUCGAAAAUUGCCAUUUAAUCAUGUUUUUCACCAUACAUUUAAAUGAAUCAGCUGAUUAUAUAGCUGACAACUAAUUUUAGCAACUUUGUUUAUCAGUUAACUUCAAUAAAUCGAUAAAUUUAAACUUAAACGAUUGAAAGUUUCGUUUAAAUUUUGGCGUCGUUUCGAAUUAGAAAAAAAUUAAUUGUUCAUAGGUGAUUUCAUAUUUUGGCGUCAUAAGUGAUCGGAUAUUUUCUUUGCUUCAAAUGUAGUUAACCUCUGAUUUAUAUAGCAUAAACUAAAGAAUAUUUUUAUGUAUAACUGAGAUAUUUCAUGCAUUCAGACUUUUCUUUUUCACCAAAAUCAUCUACCUGAGCUACAAAUUCAAACAUUUUUUGCUUAAAAACCAAUAUUUGGAAUCAUAUCUAUUUAAAUAUGAUCUUUGCCUUUUAAAAAACUUCAGUAAAUACAAUAUACAUUCAUCAUUUACACAUCUGUUAUGGAUAUGAUUUUCUAAAUAUUAGGUUAUAUAAUCAAUUUAGACGUUAGAAGUGGACGAAAUACUGUUCAGCAAACAAGUAUCAUCAGCUAUAUGAGUUGAAUUAAUUAAAAUCUAUGCAUAUGAAGGGUGAAAACAUUCACAACAAUGUUAUACAUUUUACAAUUUUGAUAUUAAUAUGGACCAAUGAUUAAAAAGUAUCUAGCACUACCCUGUUUCAGCAAUGAUUCAUAAUACAGUUGUAUGUUUAUGUGUGCCUUGGGAAAUUUUUAACUAUUUGUUGAAUAUAACUUAGAUAUGAAGAUAUACGUAUGUAUAUUAAAACUUUGUUUUCUAUAUUGACAUAUGAAACUACUGCUAAUCAAAUCACUUGGAAAAUCUUAACAAGAAACUUUGCGACUAACAGUGUAUAUUGUUUGUCCGAUAAUUUGAACGGAUCAUUGGAAUGGAACAAGAAUCUUCAUUCUCGGCCGUUUAGAAAAAUGGAUAUCAACACGAUAUUUCCUGGUUUGUCAAGUACAGAAACAUGAUAGUUCUAAAAUAUGAUGUUCAGGUUUUAAAAUAAAUUCAGAUGUUUAUAAAGAUUAUUUACCUAAAUGUGUAAUCAUAUCUAUAAAAAACCAAAGCCUAUUUUCCUAUACAUUAAGAUAGUUGUUAAUCGUAUCCUAAUCAUUCGGCAAUCAAAACUUGUUAUCUAACUAUUUGACAGUAAUUCUAUACCUAUAUAUAUACAUACUACCAGGAUAUUUUAAGCGAAGCGUAUGACAAGUAUUUUAAUCAUAAGGAGAAGUCCAUUAUUAAUGUAUAUAUCCAAACAUGUGAUGACAAUAUUUUCAUGUACUGAUAAUCAAGCUAGAAACAAGUAGACUUUGACUUAAAUAUAAGCGGAUAAAAUAUGAGCAGAACCGAAGAUAUCAGCCUGAAUGACCACAGAUGCAAAUGAAUUUUAAUAGUUAAAUCAGAUCGCAGGAUAGAUAAAUAUAAUACAUUAUUGAGAAACAUUUGGUUGAGACCCGUCAUUAGGUUAAUAUAAAGUUGGUCUUUGUAGUUGUAUACAAACGUUUUCAAGGACCUGGAGAUACGAAAACUGAACCCUUUUGAUGUGUUUCACAAAUGAUCCUGGUAAAGGUUUAUUGCUUUAUGUGAAACGAUUUUCUGAAAUUUGUUUGAUUCAUCGGUUGACAUAAUAAUUCUAAUGUAUUCCCAGUUGUUGAUUCGUUCUUUUUAUAUUUAUAGAUAGACCAGCACUGCUAUAUUUGACUUCAAGUCCACCUAACCCUGUCAAAAUUGGAACUAAUGUCAAACUAACAUGUGAGGCUGCACCUAGUCCUAAAGCUCCAUGGUACACGUUUGUCUGGCGUCGAAUAGGAACUCAAAUGCCACCUGCUCAUUCAACGUUGCGUAUAUCUGAUACAAUCUCCGUAUUGACUCUUUUAUCUGUACAACCGUCUGACGAUGGAGUAUAUAGCUGUCAUAUAUUACAAUCUCAAUCGAAUUCAUUAAAUGAAAAAAUGUGGGAAGACAGUGAAAACGUGACUUCAGGAUCAAGCAACUCAUCUGAAAAACUGAGAUUUAAAAAAGAUCCGACAGUACGUCGGUUACACUUGGAAGUAUUUCAUCCCCCUACUUCCUUAAAUAUAACAGUUCAACCUCAUGGGCCUUAUAGAGCACAAACAAAUGUCACAUUCACUUGUCAUAUACAUGGUGGUAAACCAAAGCCAUCGAUUUACUUUUAUCGCAUAAAUGCUCCGCUUGAUAAUGGAAAUAUUUCACUGAUUCGUUCAAAUUCUUUCACUUCGAAACAUAUCCUAGAAAAUAUAACUCAGACAACAGAAUCUACAGAAUUAAAGUGGCAAUUAACAGAAGCUGAUAAUACUGCCAGUUUUGGAUGUGCUGCAACAAGCCCAAUCAUUAAAGAUCAAAUGUUCUCGCUAUUUAUUAAAGUUAAAAUUAUUUUUUCACCUCAAGAUCCUAUCCUGUCUUCCGUACCACAUGGUCCAGUAAGUGAAAAUCGUACUAAAGUAUUUACAUGUCAGUCUUCAAAAGGAAGCAAUCCAAGAGCGAAAAUUUUAUGGGAAUUGACACCUGCAAUGGAGUAUUUGUCUUCAGUAUCAAAAAGAAGUUCUAAAUCAAAUGAAAAAGAAACAGUCAUGAAACCAACGACAAAUUCUGACUUUGAAUAUAUAAUGUCGGACAUCUAUUCGGAUACCAAACACGAUCCUAACAAUGGGGGUUAUAUAGCAUACAGUGAAGUACGUUUAACUGGACGACCAUGGUUCAACGGUGCACGGGUAUCUUGCCACUUAAUUUGGAAUGAGGAAGGAAACUACAAUGUGAAACAAGUUUCGGAAGCUACCAAUCAUAUGAUUACAUAUCAAAAAACAGCUUACCUUCUUACUGAAGUAUUUUUUUGUCCAUCAGCAAUUAAUUUGAUUGCAAUUCCCCAAAAUGGAAUUCAAGAAACAUCCGGUGAGCAAAUACUUGAAUGUACAGCCACAUCAUCUCAUCCUCCUGCAGUGAUCACUUGGUUCAAGCAUAAUUCUUCAGAUAGUGUACAAAAGACUACUACAGAAAGUGUAAUGAUGGAAAAUUCCUUGAUAAAAAUUGAUACAAAUUAUCAACCAAAUUUAAAAAUUACAACUGAAACAUUCCCUGGAAUCUAUGGUGGAAAACGUGUGGUUAGCAGACUGAAAUUAAGUAACAUUUCCAGAAUCUCCGAUGGUAUGCUAUUCACCUGUUUAGUAAAACAUAUCGAGUGGACAGAAUCAAUUAGUCGUACACAUCAAUUAAUGGUAUUAUAUCCACCAACGCUAAAAUUAAAAAUUAUUCCACAAACAAUGGAAGAUCGUCUAAAGUCUAAUAGUAUUACUCUAAUCUGUAGUGCUGAAGGUGGUCAACCGAAAUAUUUUGAGAGCGAAACUGACUUUCUAGAUGAUAUCCAUUAUGAAAAUAAAUUUUCAAAAAGUCAAGGAACUUCACUUAGUAAAGAUAAACAUAAUAUGUGGAAAUUCUACUGGAAAUUUCGUCCUCAAUACCCUGAAAACUGGAUGCAGUUGACUAAUCAAGAAAUACUUUUCAACGAGUUAAAUAUGUACCGAUCGAAUAAACUAAUUUUAAAUUAUCCAGGGAGGAAACAAGCUGGUGACUAUACAUGUUUACUUGAAGGUCCAACUAGUACAGCACAAGUGACUAGCCAUUUAGAAUUCACAUUCGCACCUGAGUUAGCACCACCAGGAAUUACAUCGGUAACGUCUGCAGUUGGUUCACAUACUGUAAUUGAACUUCAUAUAUGGUCAUAUCCUGUACCUCCAUCUAUACACAAUCCAAAAGAUACAAAAAUAAAACAUAUUGUGACUGAAAACUGUAAUCUUCAUGAAAUUAAUUCACAAAUACCAUAUGAAAUCAAAACACAAAAGAAAACGUAUACUUGGUACAAGGUUACUACUGAGAGAUCAGCAUCAGGUGUCAAAAUACUUCAAAAAGAAUUAGUACUCGAAAACUGGGAACCACAUAUACGGUUGAAACAAUUUUCUUCUGGUAUUAAUAAAAGGCAACUUAUUUGGACUGAUGCAAUACUUAUUGAUUUUCCAUACUAUGACACGGAUAUACAAAUUAGACAAAAUGAUAGUGGAAGUAGAAAUACAUUGCGAAAAAUACCGACAAUUGUUUAUCGACUGUUUCUAAGCCCAAUUACAGAAAAGGAUUACGGGGAAUAUAUGUGUGAAUUAGAACACGUGGAAGGAAGAAAACAGUUUUUCAUGCAAGUACAACCACCUGGUAAUCCACCAAUCAAUGUAAGGAACGUGCGUUUUAGACGUGAUGAUUUGAGGAUUCGAGUUUACUUUGAUCCGUUAUAUUUUUUCAAGACCAGCGAAGGUGGUUUACCUGUUUCAGAAGAAAAUAAAAACCAUAUUGUUACGACAAAAUCUACUUCAAACAUCGUCACAGGCAACGCGCUCAGUUCGCUUCCUAUAAAGAGUGACAACAGUCAACAAUCGCAAUGGAAAAUGUUAAUUAGAAUAUGCGCAUCAAAUUAUUACAGGCGCGAACAAUCACCUGAGGAUAUAAUAAAAGAAUGUUCUUCAUCACAAUCCACAAUGAAAACUCUGAGGAAACCAAAUUAUCGUUCUUGGUUAGAUUUGUAUAAAUCAUUUCCUAAUAAUAAAUAUCAAACAACUUCUCUCUCAAAUGAGUGUAUUGAUAAGCUAGUUGAAAACCCUGAACAGGGUAAAAUUGAAAUUCCGCUCAUAUAUUUAUUUAAUAAUACAUUCUAUAACACUUCCCAUCUAAAAUCCGAAAACAAAUCCAACGAAACAGCCGAGAUAAAUAAUUUGUUGUCCGAUGAUACUUCAAGCAACACUCCUCAAGGAAUUUAUGUUCACUGGUCCGAAAAAGAAAAAUUAACUUAUCAGUUUAGAUUUUACGAUGAAAGUGGGAGUCUGGUUUACGCAACCGACUGGGUCGAUGAAGAAAACGAUGGUUACUAUGACGAAUCCACUUUGUCCAUCUUCAGUUAUCAGAAUACCUACUUGUGGAUUGUAAUAAUUGGUGCAAUCUUCUUUCUUCUCUUAGUCAUUUUAUUUGUGUUUGUAUUGCGCAAACGAUUAAACAAUAAAAAUGAUUUCCAGACACCUAAUAAUCACAGUUCAACGCCAUUGAAUAAAUCUAUUAUUAAUUCUACAACCACCUCACCAAUAGCAAGUUGUAAACUACAAGAAAAUUUCUAUGUAGCUAACUUAUCAGUUGUUGAUAGUCCUUGUUCAUUAUUAGGCAGAAAUGAAAGGGUCAUUAAUAAAGAAUUCCCAUUGUUGUAUAAUAAAGAUGUACAAAAGUUUCCCAAUGAAAAAUAUCUCCCACCUGAAAAACAUUCAAAGAAUCAAACGUUACUAAGGAGAAAUGACUAUCAUAGAGGAGAAAUCACUGGUGAAAAUUUACCUGCAACUGGUAUGUCGAAAAAUCUAUAUGAAUUACGCUAUAAUCAACUGGGAUUAUCGCAUAAUCAGUUCUCUGGUGAAGCCCUCAGUGAUGAACUGCAGUCAACAUCUCCAGAAACUAAUUCACCUAUAGUGUCCCACUUAACUCCCAUACCAAUUAUCCGAUCGAAUGAAAUAGCGCCUUCUACACCACUUCUACUUUACAACAGUUGUUGUACCAAUAGAAAGUUUAGUGUUGGAAUGAACCACUAUUUACCACCACUUUUUGGUCCAAUCCCUAUUCAGUAUAAUUCAAAAUCCUCAAAUUCAAUUAGUGAACUUUCAUCACCUUUUCUAGGAAAUGGAAAUCAUUUUAGGAAAACGUAUCGAGCCCCCGCUAACACUUGUUAUCAUCACCAUCUUCAGAAUAGUACAACUAACAAUGAUACCAGAAAUACCAUCUAUAAUAAACGAAACAAUCAAGAAGAUUUAACUGACCAAACAAUCUGUAUAUCUAAAAUGAAUCAGCCAAAGUUACAUAACGCUUUAGAUAUUAAAAAUGAUGUAACCAACACUUUGAAUUGCUGCAGUCCACCAAAUGAAAUGAACCCUUUACAAGUAAAUGGUAAAUGUAAUACACUGGAAACAGAUUCUUUUGGACAAUAUAACUCAAAUCAUAAACCUAAAAACAGAUCUAUUUCAUUAAUGAAUAAUUUAUACCCUUUGAAUAACACAGAGUUUCAAUCUUCUCAAAUUAAUCCCAAUCUAAAUAAUAACAAUUGUAAUAUAAACAAUUAUCUUAAUAUGUUCAAUUCUGAUAAUGACUAUUAUAAUAAUUCACAUUUUAUCAAUGAUGAUAUUAAUGAUAAUUUAAAGAAUUAUGAUACAAACAAGUUAGGUUUAAAAAUAAUCCCUAAAACUAUCCAUCAUUCUGAAUCUAAUAAAUUGUCAUCACCAUUAUUUGAGCAUAGACCAAAUCUAUUACCGACUGAUGGAAAUCAUUCUGGUAGAAUUGAAGAAAGUACAUUAAUGAAUACGAUUAAUGAUACUAAUGUAUCAUUCAUGCCCAAUAGACACCAUGAAGAACUACCUGAAAUGAAGAUGUCUGCAUUUAAUCAAAAUUACAAUCUUACAGAGAGGUUAAGUCCGUAUGAUAAUACAGUUUUUGGCAGUUCAACAAUUAAAUAUAAUCCAAUUUCUAUCAACCACACAAAUAUUGAUUGUGGUGAAGUGUAUAUAAGUGAAAGCUCACAAGAAGAAAAUAAUUUUCCAUUAGGUAUUACUAAGAACAAAGAUAAUAAUAUAAAACUUUGUACCAUAAAUUCAAAGUUAGAAAAUGAUUAGAAAUUUCUAUAUAGUGAAUAUUAUACUUAAUUGAUUCUAUCUUUAAUAAUUUAAUAACAUUUGAUUGUAAUGAUUUUGUCAUAGAUAAAUUUAAUCUUCCCUGUUUACUCCUCAUUUUCAACUUCAUUUACUGGGGGAAAAUGGUGAAAAUACUAUUAUUUUGAUUUGAUUGUAAUGUUAUACAUAAGCAACAUGUGACUGAGAACUACUCCUAUGAAUAUUUUUAUGUUGUACAUAAUGGUUUUCUUUUCUUUUCUUCUUUUUCAAAAUUACGCUCAAAUACAUUUUAAUGUGCUGAUUUUUUGUUUUCUGUUCUCACUUUUAAUAAUGACCACUUUUUAAUGAUUGUUUCUUUAAGAAUGUUGUUGAAUUAUAAUCAUAAACAUUGAUAUAUAGCAUACUAUUAAUUAAGUAGGAGAUAUGGAUAGCGAGUAACACUGGUAUUCCAUUAAAUUCAUAUCAUAGGAUUGAGUGAUAUAACAUCUUUGAAGAAAUUGAAUUCACUCUAAACACAGAAUUAAGAAUAGUUGAUCUUGUCAAAUAGAAUGACAUUCUUCAACUUAUAAGUGUCUUACUUACUUACUUAUGCUUGUUACUCCUAAUGGAGCAUAGGCCGCCGACCAGCAUUGUCCAACCCACUCUGUCCUGAGCCUUCCUUUCUAGUUCGAUCCAAUGUUUGUUCAUUCUUCUCAUGUUUGUCUCCAUUUCUCGGCGUAAUGUGUUCUUUGGUCUUCCUCUCCUCCUUUGGCCUUCAGAAUUUUGUGUGAAGGCUUGCUUUGUGACACAGUUGGGUGCUUUCCUCAAUGUGUAUCCUAUCGACUUCCAGUGCUUCUUCAUGAUUUCUUCCUCCGCUAGCAUCUGGUUUGUUCCCUCCCAUAGUAGAUUGUUGCUAAUAGUGUCUGGUCAACGGAUCCGAAGUAUUUUGUGUAGACAACUGUUAAUAAACACUUGUAUCUUCUGGAUGAUGGCAUUCCUAGUUCUCCAGGUUUCUAUCCCAUACAGUAGAACUGUUUUGACGUUUGUAUUGAAAAUUCUGACAUUGGUGUUGGUUGACAAUUGUUCUGAGUUCCAGAUGUUCUUCAAUUGUAAAUAUGCCGCUCUUACUUAUAAGUGUUUGUAAAGGAUAUGUAAGACUGAUAUUCUUCCCCUUGAUUUAAUCAUAUUAUAUUAUUACCAAGUGAUAAACUUAUAGGUUUAAUACUUUUCAGUGUAUUUUAUCCUACUUUUAUGUGAUAACAGGUAUAAUUCAAUCACCACUUACUUUGUAAAAAUGAAAUAAAAAAUUAAUUUUCAAAUUAUAAAUCUAUUCUUUCCUUUCACAAUUAAAUCAUAUUUGAAAAAGGUUAGUUUACAUACUUUACUAGGUUAACAACAGAAUAAACAAAACCAUAGUUAUUAAAGAGGAAGCACGUAUUUGUAAAAUCUCAGCGAAAGAAUUUGAAAUAAAUCCAACUUUUCACCUGACGAUCUAGUUCAAGCUUUUUCAAGGAAAAUAUAACCAUAACUAUUUGAAAUAUUAAUAAAUCAUAAUUGAAUAAAGUGGUAAUGUUUAAAAAUUCACUGCUCACUGAAACAAACAAAGAUCGACAAGUCCUCUCCCCUCAGUUGCUCCAACUGCAUUUACCAAUUCACAUGUACGUGCCGUAGCACAUACAUUGGAAGAACUGAGAGAAGAAUACAGGCUCGCAUUUCUGAGCAUAUUCCGAAGAACUUGACACUGCGAGGGACUAAAGCUUUCAACAGUGCAAUAGCUCGGCAUCUAUUUGACACCGGGCAUACCGUCGAUAUUCUGCACGCGUUUAAAAUUACCAAUAGACAAAGAAGUUCUACCACUCUCCGCUUUGCUGAAGCCAUUACAAUUAAGAAACUGAAACCGGAUUUAUGCAUUCAAAAAGAGACUUUAAUAAACUUAUCACUACCCUGGUAAUCUCUUUUAUUUCCGUUUGUUUCUGUUUGUUUUGUGUUUUGGUUAUUUUAUUCAUUUACUUAUUUUAAGAUAUUUUAUACUCCUUCCCCCUAUUACCUAAUUCUUAAACUAAAAUUUUAUUCACACAUUUCCACCACCUGGUCCUCUUAAAUUAUCUUAACUUUUGAAAUUCUAUUUAAUUAUUAUUACGUAAUCUACCUUAUCAUUAUUCAGUUCCAUUAAUCUCUCUAUUUAUCACACAAUUUAUGAACUUCACUAAACUAUUACACCACCCAACCUGAAUUAACCCCUUUUUUUGACCUCUGACCUGUUUCUAGCAUAUAUAUAUAUAUAUAUAUAGUUAUUAUUGUAAUCCAGUUAUUUACACUCAUGUCAAUUGUUUCACACUAUCUCCAUGUAAAAAAUUCUAUCACAAUUUUGGUUUGUAAGCAGCUGACGAGAAACCUCGAAAUAAUAUGAAUUCAUACUAUUCUGCAUCAGUGUUUGUUCUUGCUCUAUUUAAAUUCAUAAAGGGAACCAAUUGCAUGAAAAAUUCAUUGUUUACUAAUUAGAAAACGUUAUACAGGAAAAAGAAUAGAAUGAAAAACAAAAUUAUCAAUAAAUUAUACGAACAAUUUAUCAUUUACGUCAACAACAACAACAGCAACCAAAAGAAAAAAACAGACAACUACAUUAUGGACCAUACAUCUUUUCAUCAAAAUUACUUCCAUACAAAAAAGAAUAAGUGUUUAUUACUAUUCAUAAAAUUGAAUUAGGUUUAUUAAAUUUUAUUUUCAAAAAUGACAACAUAAAUAAUG